AUGGAUGACUGGAUUCAGUCGACCGAGCCAGCUCGCAAAAUCAUCGGCGACGACAACAAUAUCGAACUAGCCGCAUACCUUUCCGCCCAAAAUAAUCUGUCAAGACCAAACUCCGUCAUAGAGCCCGGCAUUGAACGGCCACUCCACGCCAAUCCCAACAAUGCCAGCACCGUCGACGCUGCAGGCGAUAAUGACCUCCCCCCUUCUUCUACAAGUCCUCCAGCUCCCAUCCCAAUAGGAAUAUCGCACUCCCUAACCCUCCGCCUCUACACCUCCCACUUCCUCUCCACCUGGAACUCCCGCCUCUUCGAAGCCGGCGUCGUCUACUUCCUCGCUUCCGUCUUCCCCGACAACCUCCUCCCCGUCUCCCUCUAUGCCCUCUCGCGCAACCUUGCCGCCAUCCUCUUCGCUGUGCCGGUAGGCCACUGGAUCGACACUGCCCACCGGCUAACCGUCGUCCGCGCUUCCAUUGUGGGGCAACGCCUCGCUGUUGCUGCUUCGUGCGGUCUUUUCUGGGCGUUGCUGGAGUUGCGGCUGGGAUGGAGGCAGUCGCCGCUGGUGGAUGGCUUGUUUGGAGCUAGUGUGUUGCUGGCGUGCGUGGAGAAACUGGCGGCGGGCGUGAAUCUUAUUGCGGUGGAGAGGGAUUGGGUGGUGGUUAUUACGCAGGGGAAUGAGGAGGCGAGGAGGAAGAUGAAUGCGCGCAUGCGGAGGAUUGAUUUGUUUUGCAAGUUGCUCGGGCCGUUGACGGUUGCCUUGGUUGCUGCGGCGUCGGUGAGGGCGGCUGUGUAUGCGACGCUGGGGAUGAAUCUGGCGUCGGUGAUGGUGGAGUAUCUUUGCAUCGAGACGGUGUUUCGCAGGGUCCCGGGGCUCGGUCGCCCUGCUCCUCCCGGUGAAUCAGUCGGUCAGUCGCUCGAGCCGCUUUCGGGGAUUGCCUUGAGGGAGGACGGUGGUGCUGCUACUGACGGCAGUACCCAUCGACAGCUCGGGGAUUGGAUACGGAGCAUAUCAUGGCGCAAGCUGCUCAUGACUCCCUCUUUGCGCCUGUACUUUGGCCAUCCAGCGGUUAUCCCUUCGCUUGCGCUUUCGCUACUGUACCUCACCGUACUCUCCUUCUCAGGCCAGAUGCUGACGUACCUACUCGCCUCCAACCUUAACCUAUGGCAAGUGGGCAUCAUCCGUGGCAUCUCGACAAUCUUCGAGCUCAGCGCCACUUGGAUCGCGCCCCGUCUGAUGAAGCGCAUCGGUGUCCUCCGCACGGGCUUGUGGUCCAUCACCUGGCAGAUGACCUGGCUAGCUGGCGGCGUCUCUUGCUUCUUUUACUACUACGGGAAGGGCUAUGAGGCAACUAGCCUUAUGACCGCUGUUGGCCUUGUUGUUGCCGUGGCUUUCAGUCGUGUCGGUCUUUGGGGUUUUGACCUCUCGGUGCAAAACAUUGUGCAAGGUGAAGUGGAAGACGAUCGCAGAGGCAUCUUCUCCUCAGUGGAAGCCUCGUUCCAGAACCUGUUCGACAUGUUCGCGUGGGCCCUUACUAUCAUCUGGCCAAACCCCAAUUCGUUCCAGUGGCCAAUUGUCAUCAGCGUCACGGCGGUCUAUGCGGCUGGCGGACUCUUUGCCCACUUUCUACGCCGUCGUAGAGGCCAUCUUCUGCAUCCCCCGGCAUGUAUCAAAGCCAAGCGUCGGAGAAGCAACUCGCAUCUAUUCGGGUUGGGAUGGGCUCGUCGUUCAAGGCGCAGUGCCAGCUGGCCUAUAAACCACGUCCUUGGACGUAAUGAUAUCGAUGACUGA